UUUCCUCCCCAAAGAUUGGAGCCGGAGCGCUGGGGAGCGCGGCCACGGCGGCGUCUCCUCCGCCACCAAACUCCGGGGUUCGGUUGGGCUUGGGGCCACCUCCUCCUUAGCCAGGAGGAACCCUCUCUCAAUAGGUUCAGCCAGAUUUUUUACCCCCUACCUAUUUCUUUGUUCUUCUUCCUUUUUUAAAAAAAAAAAACAGCAUUUUCUCCCUGACUUUGGAUCUAAGAGUGCUGCAGCCUGAGCCUUCCCAGGGCUCAGCUCUUUGGGGCUGCCCAUCCCUCCGGCGGCCAGAAAGGACGCGCGCCCGGCGUCGGGCGAAGAAAAGAAGAAAAACUUGUCGGAGGGGUUUCGCCAGUCCACAGUCCCCCCCUCCCCGCAAACCCAAACCUCCCGCGGUGGCCAGCCCAAGAUCGGGAAAAGUUCCUUCGGAUCCGACAGCUCUCUCGCAUUUGGAGGAGGCACCCGCGCUGGCUGUGGAACUGGAUCUGUUUUGAACCCAGUGGAGCGCAUCACGGGGGCUCGGAAGGCACCCGGGUGGCGCUGUGGGUGCGGAAGCCGGAGUUUGCGAGCCCCGGCUGCUGCUGGUGGUCUUUCCUCCCCGCGGUUGCGGUUUGGUGUCUGGGGUGAGGGUUGCGAGUGUGGUGGCAAGUUGCGAAGAGAGACCGGAGGUCCGGAGAGGACUGCGCUCCCCCGGGUCCGCCCUUCCUCUUCCUGGCUCUCGGCUGUGAAAUCCCAGCGAAAUUUACAAAGGCCGCCCCGGACCGCGGAGAACCUUCCACGGUGUUAAGCUCCGACCUCCCCAGUCCCACUGAGAGCCCAGGGCGCCGGGGGAGGACUGGCGCGUAGGAAGAGGAGGAGGGGGGUCGCGGCGGCGGAAUGGCGAGGUUCCCGAGGGCCGACCUGGCUGCUGCAGGAGUUGUGUUACUUUGCCACUUUCUAAUGGACCGGUUUCAGUUCGCUGGAGGGGAGCCUGGGAACCAGCUCAGUGAUUGGCAACACCAAGUUGCUCAGGCCUUCCCGCAAGCGGAAGAGGAGAUAGAAGUAGACACACAUACGUUCAGCCACAGGUGGAAAAGGAACACAGAUCCCCUCAAGGCUGUGGACACGAACCGAGCGAGCGUGGGCCAAGACUCCCCAGAGCCCCGAGGCUUCACAGACCUGCUGCUGGAAGAUGGGCAGGACAACACCACCCAGAUUGAGGAGGACACAGAUCACAAUUACUAUAUAUCUCGGAUAUAUGGUCCCUCUGAUUCGGCCAGCCGGGAUUUGUGGGUGAACAUAGACCAAAUGGAAAAGGACAAAGUGAAGAUUCAUGGAAUACUUUCCAAUACUCAUCGACAAGCUGCAAGAGUGAAUCUGUCUUUCGAUUUUCCAUUUUAUGGCCAUUUUCUACGUGAAAUCACUGUGGCAACGGGGGGUUUCAUAUACACUGGAGAAGUUGUACAUCGAAUGCUGACAGCCACACAGUACAUAGCACCUUUAAUGGCAAAUUUUGAUCCCAGUGUGUCCAGAAAUUCAACAGUCAGAUAUUUUGAUAAUGGCACAGCACUUGUUGUCCAGUGGGACCACGUACAUCUCCAGGAUAAUUACAACCUGGGAAGCUUCACAUUCCAGGCAACCCUCCUCAUAGAUGGACGCAUCAUCUUUGGAUACAAAGAAAUUCCUGUUUUGGUCACGCAGAUAAGUUCAACCAAUCACCCAGUGAAAGUGGGGCUAUCUGAUGCAUUUGUCGUUGUCCACAGGAUCCAACAAAUUCCCAAUGUUCGAAGAAGAACAAUUUAUGAAUACCACCGAGUAGAGUUACAAAUGUCAAAAAUUACCAACAUUUCAGCUGUGGAGAUGACCCCAUUACCUACGUGCCUCCAGUUCAAUGGUUGCGGCCCCUGUGUAUCCUCCCAGAUUGGCUUCAACUGCAGUUGGUGUAGUAAACUUCAAAGAUGUUCCAGUGGCUUUGAUCGUCAUCGCCAGGACUGGGUGGACAGUGGAUGCCCUGAAGAGUCAAAAGAGAAGAUGUGUGAGACUGUGGAGCCAGUGGAAAGUUCUUCUCAGACCACCACAACCAUGCAAGCAACUACUGUACUAUUUAGGUUCUUAACAACCACCAGAAGAGCAGCAACGUCCCAGCUGCCCACCAGCCUGCCCACAGAAGAUGAUACCAAGAUAGCACUGCAUCUAAAAGAUAAUGGAGCCUCCACAGAUGACAGUGCAGCCGAGAAGAAAGGGGGAGCCCUGCAUGCUGGCCUCAUUGUUGGAAUCCUCAUCCUGGUCCUCAUUAUCGCAGCAGCCAUUCUUGUGACAGUCUACAUGUAUCACCAUCCAACAUCAGCAGCCAGCAUCUUCUUUAUUGAGAGACGCCCAAGCAGAUGGCCUGCGAUGAAGUUUCGAAGAGGUUCUGGCCACCCAGCCUAUGCUGAAGUUGAACCAGUGGGAGAGAAGGAAGGUUUUAUUGUAUCAGAGCAGUGCUAAGAUUUCUCGGACAGAACAGCACCAGUGCUGGCUUACAGGUGUUAAGACUAAAACCUUUCCUAUACCAUUAAGACAAAAAAAAGCAAACACACACACACACACACACACACACACACACACAGGGAGCCCUAAGCUGCUGUAGCCUGAAGGAAACAAGAUUUUUUGGACAAGCCCAGCCCAGGAAGGGUAAGAGAAAAACUAAAACUUAUAAAAGCCACCAUUUACCACUGAACAUAGAAUUCCUUUGAGGAUGGCAUCUAUAGUUCACCCAGAACAUCUCGCGUGGACUUCCCAGAAUUAUGACAAGAUUACAGUGCCAUCGGCUUAGGUGCAGGGUUGCAAAGGGAUCGAGAACAAAAACACUAAUAACAAAGCUUUGGUUCACAAAGGAUCUACACCUUUGGUUCAUAUACUCUUCUCCGAUGUCUCAAAGAUAACUGUGUUCCAAGGCCGGAACCCUUCCACCCAAAAGAGCAAUGAUGAAUGUCAAGAUUGCUGAGAAAAAUAGCUCACGCAGGAACAACACAAACACAAAAUAAGAAAUUUUCUAUCUUUUCAUCAGACGUGUGGCCAAAGGAUUGUGUUUUUUCUGGUCUACAUCCACCUGUUCCAAUAGGUUCAUUACUUUAUAGGAUGAACCUUUUAUCUGCACAGGAGGUUUAAACUAUGCUUCCCUCUUCCUUGUUAACGAAUGCCCUUUUAUGAGCUGUGGUAGAAUUUCCAACCUGUUGGCUAAGGAUUAGGAAAGAGGGAGUAGCAAAUGAAGCUUUCUAUUCUCGCUCCUCAGAAUAAAACUUGAUUUGCUUUACGAAGCAUUGCCUCCAUUUCCCAACUGUGAAGUCCUAUGAAGCCACAGUUGCUCUUGGCUGAAGGAAACAAAAGGAUGAGUAGUUCCUUAAUUACUUUUUAAACAAAAAUGUUAAGGGAUUCUUAGUAUAUGGGUAUUUUUUACUUUUUGCUGUUUCAGUACUAAAGGCCCAUUUCAUUGUCGAUUCCCUUCUAAGAAGCCAUUCAAGUCAGCAUAUCCCUGGUGAUAAAAAAAAAAGAAUGAAAGAACCCUGCUGAAUCAUACAGUAAUUUUCUUUAAAGCACAUAGUAGUUACAUAAAUAUAUAUAAAUAUAUUUUUCUUUAUAACUAACACAAGGCAGGCUCUUGUGACUCUAAGAGUGCAUUUUUGUCAUGAAGACAAAACAAAUGCAAGGUGCAUUACUGCAUACUUCCAUAGAGUUGUAAAAUAAUCCUUAAUAUUAGAAUAUUUUUAUGUCACUUAGCAAAAGUGGUUCAAUUGGUUACAAUGCCAAUCAUUGUCCUGCCUAUUUGAGCCACCUUUCAUUCAUAUCGACUCCUUCCCUCCCUGGCUAAAUAAACCAGAUGCCCAACACUCCUUAAAUGGAGCUGUCAUUUGCCCUGUAAAGAAAAUCCAGAUCUUGAAAUUUCCCCCUGAACGAAGAUAGAAAAGGCAUCCUUUUGAGGAGGAAAGUGGCUAAUAUCCAAAUACUGAGCUCCUAAAGUUUAAAUUAAGGUACUGUGUGUACAACUUCAUCACAUCUUGACCCAUGAAACUUACAUCCUGUGCCAAGAAGCUGUUGGUUUUGAUAGGGUACAAUGUCUACCAUUUGCAGAUUCUGGUAUCAAGAAGCAGAGAUCUCUUAAACAGCACCUCACUAACAGCUUAACGUCUUGUACACAGUGUCUACAUUGAAUGACAGCAGCUCACUAACAGUACCGUAUUUAUCUACACAACUGUCUCAUGUAAACUAAUGCCAUUUUCCAUCCCAUGCAGUUUGUUUUAUAUUUUUAAGUAUCUGUUGAGGGUGGUAAUUUUUUCCUAAGUACUUGGUUCAUAAUUGCAAAAAAAAUUGACAGACAAGGUGAUUGAAGGAUGUGAUGACAAUCUCUCUGCGUAGCUUUGUUCAGUUUAUAUGAACUAUCCCAACUUAUUUUUUUGUGGAGUAGGUUUGAUCAGAUAGCGAUAACCAAAUGACUUGCCAAUGUAACUGGUGCAACUGGUAUUCUACAAAGACAUAAUGGACACUUAGACGAUUCCUUUUAGGAUAAGAUGAUGCUUCUUUCACUAGCUUAUGUGGUAGGUGUGGCUUCUCACAGCAGUUGAUUGACAGUUAUAUAAACCCUGCCUAUAUAUCCAACUUCUUACACAACUCUUUGAAAUAGCAAUGUUAUCUUUAUACUCUCCCAUCUUUCUUUUAAAAAAAAUAUAUUUUAUUGAUUUUUUUACAGAGAGGAAGGGAGAAGGAUAGACAGUUAGAAACAUCGAUGAGAGAGAAACAUCGAUCAGCUGCCUCCUGCACACCCCCAACUGGGGAUGUGCCCACAACCAAGGUACAUGCCCUUGACCGGAAUCGAACCUGGGACCUUUCAGUCCGCAGGCCGAUGCUCUAUGUCUAUCCACUGAGCCAAACCGGUUACGGCUCUUCCAUUUUUUAUUCAAGAGAAUCGGCCAUUCUGUAGAAAAACAUAAAACCCUCUGAAUUGUUCAGUGAACUAAAGCACCAAGUGAUAGAUACAACUUUUUGAAAGGAAAAAGGCUGCUGAAGUGUGGGAAAGCUUCCUAACAGAAUGACGACUGAAGGGUGGUGAAAUGUUUCUGUUGAGCAUGAAUCCUUUAGUGGCCAGGGGAAAGGCUGGCUGAAUCCCUUUUUUUCAUGAAAUUUUCAAUCUAUUUUAUAUGUCUCUGUUUCCUUCUUGGUGACCAUUUAUUGAAACAGAAGAGCAGACAUACACGAAGUUUCGGGAAAUUCAGAAUAGAUGCUGAUACUUUGAACUGUACAUAUAUAAUAUAUUAAAAAGGACACGUCUGUACACUGCUUAAUAAACUAUGAGCAUGGAGAGAGAAUCACAAUUUUAAAAUUAAAAGUAGCAAAGGAAAACAUGCAAACUUCUGCAGAAAUCAAGUGAAUGGUAAUAUACAGGGAGUUAGUUAUUCAUCUUCAUUAUUUGCAAAAAUAAUAUUCAAUGAUUACAUAAAAGUACUAAAAGUCAAGAAAAAUACUUUAACUCAGAUAGCAGUGACCACAAUGUUGGUUUGUUUAUAAAGGGUGUAGACUUCCAGAUAUAUUAACAAAUGGAAAACUAAAGAUACAUGAUAACCUACACUUUGCUCCAGUUAUUAUUUUAGUUCAAGUUACCUAGGGCAUUUGUUAAUCUGUCACAUGUAGCUUCUAGAGCUGGCUGUCCAAUCUUAUAUUCCCUAGACAAAUGUGGUUAUUUGAAUGUAAAUUAAUUAACAUUAAAUAAAAAUUCAUUUCUUCACUCACACUAGUCACAUUCAAGUGCUCAGUAGCCACAUGUGGCUUGUCGCUACCAUGUUGGACAAUACAGAAUCUCCCUGUCGUCACAGGAAUUCUAUUAUGUGGUGCUACUGGGAUCUUUCCUUCCAGCCCCCUCCCUUGAGAAAAAAAGGAGAAGGAUAACGAAGAUUUGGUAGUUCUUAGCUAAACUAAGCAUUUUUAUUUCAGAGCGGCAUGAUGGAAUAAUGAAAAAAAAUACCAGCUGAUACAACUUUGAGUGUCCACUAUGUUAUUUUGGCAAAGUCACUUUAAUCUCCAUGAGUCAGAGUUUGCACUUUGGGAAAAUGAAAAUAUUUGCAUCCUAUCUUUCCUGCAAGAUGAUUAUUAUGCAGAUUGACUAAAUGUACAGUCUUUUAAAACCAUAUGUCAGUGCAACCCAAAUAAAGCACGGCUCUUGGUUCAGGACCAGCACACAUUUGCAUUCAGGAAAAAAAGUUCAUCAAUACACAAAGCAUUCAAAGACGAUGAGAUCAAUACAUUUCUUGAAAAACUGCCAAAGGAGAAUACUUUCAAAGCAGACACAAAUUACUUAGGUUUCUCUUUGCCCAUCUUAAUAUUUUCUCUUACUAAUUCCUCUACAUGACUUCUCUCCCAACCGUCUGUCCUCUCCCACACCAAAGGCCUCUAUGUUCAUACUUCAACUGGCUCACUUCUUUAUUAAGUAGAGUCAUUAGCAUCUCUAGCUUCUUCUAAUUUCCCAGUUUAUUCUUCACAGCAAAGGGAGGCUUAGGAGCCGGCCAGCAGGCUUCCCUUUAGAAGGAAAUACCUCAAACGCAAAUAACUUUAAAUAUUUUUUAUCCCCGUAACACAAAUGUAAGGGGCUGUCACAUUAAAAUAUAAAUAUGUGGAACUUAAUUUUAAUUGUAAAAAUUUGCAAAUGAAGGCUAUAUAUUGCAUAAAAAGAAUAAAAUUAAUUUAAAUUAUGCUAAUAUGCAGAUGAUACAUUUUCUCAGAUGAGUAUAAUUUAUUAAACUGUUGGCAAAAAAAUCUUCUUAUUUCCUCAUUCGGAAGAAGUAUAAAUUUGGUGAGGGUCCUAGGACUUACUGCAUAUUUGAGAAAAAGUUUUGCUAUAAGCUAUGUUAUGGUUCAAGACACAUCCGUUCCACGAUGAGAAAUGAAUAUUUAAGUAAGAUUAAUUGAAAAAUAUGUCCUGUGGUUAUGGUUUCUUGCUCCUGUAAAAUGUUAUUUUGCUUUGUAUUUCUUCAGACAUUUUUCAGAUAUUUUAUUACUUUAUGUGCUUUACUAAUUUCAAAAGAUUGCUCCUGCUUUUUCCUUCUCAUCCCUGCCCCCACUCUUGGCAUCAGCAUCUGUAUGCCAGAAUCAUGGGAGGUCGUCUAAUUCAACUUUUUCAUUUCACAGAUAAGAAAAUUGAGUCCAAGAGAGAAAAGUAAUUUUCACAUUGUCAUAACUAGGUCUUGAACUUGAAACUCCUGUCAGGUUAUUUUUGUUCAAGUUCUCCUUGUCCAUACUCCUUUGUCGGCAGGUAAGGUCAACCAAGCAUCUCAGAAGGCACAGUCCUUCUAAAUUCUAGCUUUAUGUGCUGUAUGACUCUCUACUCUGUCCUGUAGAACAGUGGACCAAUCUUCCUCUAUCAUGUUGCUGUUUUCAGAAUGGCGCCAUUUUAAUAACAGUCUGUGGUUUCAAGUUCUAGCUAUUACAGGAUCUUUGUCUGGGUUUGCAGGUUCCUCCCGCCUCCCCACUCCUACCUGUUACUAUCUAAGUUAACAAUACUAUUUCUUUUUGCCAUUUAAAUUUUUUCUGCCUUUGUUUCAUUUCUUCCCCAAUGUACCUGAAAAUGAAUGAUAUUCAUAGCAGGUUUUCUUAUCAUUUAUAUAAUCACAAUUUUUAUUUGCUUUCUAAACUGUCUGAACUUUUUUUUGUCCUGAGAAGGUUUUUUGUUGUUGUUGUCGUGGGUUUUUUUUUUUUUUUGAGCAAAUAUUAUGAGGUCUGCAGCAUUACCUAUUACAUAUAUACUCAUACUACAUUGUGUUUGUAAAGCACUUUACAUUUUAAAGAGCACUUUCAUUCAUUCCUUUAUUUGUUUAUUCAUUUAACCACUCAAUCAACUUAAAUAUUUAUUGAAGAUCUUGUGGCAUAUAGUAAUAAAUACAAAUAGUGAUAAUUGUUUGUAGUAUGGCAAAAUCCUUAAACACAAUUUGGCAAGAAGGUACGAUCAAUAUUAUUUCAUUAUCCAAUUCCAAUUUUCGAUCCUAUUUAGAUAAGGAACUAUCAAGUAUUUGCCUGAAGAAUGUUUAUGAAAAAUGGGACAUCGUUGCAUGCACAUCUGUGCUGUUUGCUCUAUUUUAAAUAAUGUGUUAAUUUCAUUAAUGAGAAGAAAAUUAUAUAUCCAAAGUUGUGCUGGACACAGAACUUUCCAGGACACUUGAAUUCUUUCUGACUAAGCAUAAUAGUUCACCUUCUUGCACCAAUAUCUGUUGCAUUUUUUAAAAUUAUCAACAUCGUAUUUUUUAAGAUAUUCCAGAAACACCAGUGUAUCGGAGAAGCAUUUGCACUUUAGAUGUGUGUGGCUCUUUGUCAUUUAUCAGACCAUCUCAAGUGUCCUCAGCUUCAGCACUGUUGACACUUUGGGGCUCAUUAGUCUUUGUUGGGGAGUAGGGGUGGAAGUCCUCCUGAGCAUUGUAGGUUGUUUUGUCAGUUUCCAGAGCUUCUAUUGACUAUAUGCCAGGAGUGCGCUCUCUCUCUCUCUUUCUUUCUCUCUCUCUCUCUCUCUCUCUCUCUCUCUCUCUCUCUCUCUCUCUCUUUCUCUCUCUCUCUCACACACACACACACACACACACACACACACACACACACACACACACACAAAACAAUGCAGUUGUGACAACUAAUGUCCCCUGGAGGGAUUGGGAAAUCUACUGAAUUAGCUAGUGAGCAAAAUAUAUCAGGAUAAAAAAAGGAAAUUUUCUGUUUCCCUUAUCACUUAAUGUUUAUCAUAGAUAGGUUUCCAUUUACAAUAAGACUUGGAAUCAUAAACUCUUUGCAUUAGACGGGACUGUAAAAAGUCACUAUUUCAGCCACAACCCAACAUCAUAUCCUCAUCUAUUUCUCCAUCUCUUGACUUUACAAAUGUUUUGGGAGAAGAUUAGUAAUCUCUGGAAACUUGGAAACUUGGUAGCUAGAGAUUAGGCUGUUUGGCAGUUAUGUUUGCUGCUAUAACAGCUACUGUGGUAACAUUUGCUUCAGUUUGUGGACUUGCUGUAGUAUCUCAGAAACUGUAGUAUCUCAGAAACUGUAGUGUCUCAGAAACUGUAGCAUCUCAGAGACUUUGCUUUGAGGUGUUUUCUUUUGGUCACUUCACACAUCUACAAAUCUUGUUCCUUUUAUCUUUAGCUUCCAAACAUGCAGAGAAGUUGAAGUUCGGCGUUUCUAAUUUUAAGUAUAUCUGGAUGAGGUUUCUAUUUCUGAUGCUGAUUUUUUUUUUUGGAGGGGGGCCCUCUAUGGGGGCAAAAACAAAAACAAAACAUUUGACCGUCCCAAGUAACUGAAAAUUGGGAGUUUCAAGUCAGGCCAAAGUUUUUACUAAUUUGAUGUGCCUUAUGCCAAUUUUCCUGUAGGAUCAGUCAUUUCCUAUGUAUAAAUCUGAAUCCCAUCCGUUUGUACUUGUGUCUCUUCUGCACCAAUUAAAAUACCUGGAGAAGUUAUACAAAGUCAGCCUCUUGAUAUUCCCACAAAUAACAACAAACGCCCAACUGGAAUACCAUGUCUCCCUUUAUUCCUUUGCUAAAAGACCAACCAGACUUUGAAAGCAUUCAUAAUUAUUGACUACAAGUUGCUAGUAUGGACACACAAUUGAAAGCCUUCUUUGCAAAGUAAGUCUAAGGGUAUAGAAUACUGACAAGUGAGCUCUCAUAAGACAAUCACGGAAAUCAGAAAACCAUAACCGAGGAGAGCCUCAAGUGUAUAUAUAAUUUUCUACUCUACUACUGUUCUAUCAGACAAUAUGGUGUUACUUAACAUUUUGAUUAAGUGGAUAUUCAAUUUCAAAUUAAAAUGUAAUACCAUUGCCUCGUUAUUGCCUCACAUAACUUUUAAGCUAUUUAGUGCCCACUGUUCUCACAAUGAUUAUUGCCAAGAAGUAAGGUGGUAAUUAUGAGAGUAAAGUUACCUAAUUUUUUGAAUCAAGUCUCCCUAGAAGUUUGUGAAUUACAUCAUCAUUGGCUUCUCAAUGUUAAUUCUUGUUAAUUUCCAGAUCACUGUCUACACUGAAAGAUUUAUGUUCCUUUAAAUCCAGAACAAAAGGCUGGAAAAAAUAAUGCAAACCAUAUGCUAGUACUCAUCUUUUUCUAAUUUCUAAGAUUUAUUAGCAUUUGAGAAUUACUAAAAGAAAUUCUCUCCUAAGGAAAUACAGUAAAAAAUUUUGAUGUGCCAUGUUGAUUUUUAAACAUAGUAUCUGAGUCCCCAAGCAUUAUAAAACUAUGUAUUUAUAUCUCUUAUUCAUCACCCAGCUAAAAACCUAUUGUGCCUAUGGAAUAGACACAUAGCAUGAAACUAAUUUUAGAAGUUUGCUAUGUGGGGAGAGAUAAAAACAUAGGAGUGGGUGGAUGGGGGGUAAUUCAGAGAAAAAAUAAAUAUCAAAAUAUUCUACCAAGCAGUUUUCAACUUCUUCAGAGCAACGUGCAAAUAAAUAUUCAAUUAGGUUCAGCUCAAAUUUAGGUCAUUCCGAUACUGGAGCACAGAUCCUGUAAAUUAUGCUAGAAACACAUGGCAUACAGAAAGCAAAGGAUGCCCCUAGCUCCUCUAAAACUCAGCCGUCACCUGCCUGUACUUCUAUGGCACUCAUUAUAAAUCGCUGAGGCCUUUGCUGUAGGGAGUUGGGUUACUUACGGUCAGGGAAUAACCAGAAAAAGACUUGUAUUUAUCUUCCUGUGACUUACAAGGAAUGUUCUUUGGUUCCCUUAUCCCAGGAACCACAAGGGAGCCAACCAUACCCAGGCAAUAAGAUACAAUGAAAACAGAAGUAACUUUUCUGAGGAAAAGAUAAGAAAGGGAACUUUCAACUAUGACCCCUAGCUGGAUCUCUAUGAAGUUUGACCAUCGCAGGACCCAGACUCAAGGAAUAUUGUCUAGACACUGUAGUCGAGUCUAAGUCAUCAUUUUCAAGGUGUUUGAACAAAAAUACACUCAGUUUGUCAUAUUAGUAGCAGGGCAAUAAAUUCUCAAAUUAAGUGUCCUCCACCAGGCGACUCUGAAAAUACCAUUAUGUGAAAUCAGAGCUUCUCUUGCUAAGAAAUGUUAAAAUAAUUUUAGGUCAAUGAAUUAAGUUUCUUUAGACACAGACAUUUUGUAUAUAUUACUACUAAAUUCUGGGGCUCUGUCUGACAGGGUUCAGUUUUUUCAGAGGUUGGUCAAAACAAAUCUUUCAUUUACCUCAUUUGGGGUAUUUGGACAGUGCCUGGGAAGUACAUUAUUUUCAGGGGGGGAAAAAGACAGCCUUUUUUGCAUGCCAGCAGGGAUCAUGGGAACUCCCAAUGCCAGGAAUUUACUACUGUUUCUGGUAAUUCUGCUUGUAGUAAUUUGAAAUGUUGAAGUGUGAAAGGAAAAGUUGGACACCCAGGGGGCUGUCUGUGUUUUAUGCCAGUUGCACCAGCACACAGAAUAUUUGUAAAUGCCUUUCGAAGUGGGCAUAAUUGUCCCCUUUGUCAGGAUCACAAAGCCCACUGUGGUGCUGCUGAGAGAGAACACUGCGGGGGAAAUCUGACCUUCUAAACUCAGUCAGCCUCAAACAAGAGGAGAGCCUGUGUGGGUGAGCACAGCACAUUGCAAGCUAGUUUCUCACUGUUUUCCAUCAAAUCAAGGACAUGCUUUUCAGGUGAAGGUUAAUUUUGCAGAGGUUUUCCAAAACUGAAUUUAAUACAGUGCUUGGAAAACUGAGCAUUUUGAAGUUACUCCAGUCCUCUGGGCAUCAUUUUUGUUUCCUUUUCUAUGUUAAUAAGACAUUCCAAGGCUGAAUUCUUCAUGAAAAAAUAACAUACGCAUAUGACCUCAUGCUUGAUGUACCUGAACCUGCAAAUGUAAAAAUGAUUGUAUCUAAAUUUGCACUAAUGGUGUCUGAUAGCAGAAGAGGUGUGAUCUCUACUGAAAUCCAGUUUAAAUUCCGUAAUUCAGAUGCUACAUACUUCUGCAAGCUUCUUGAUUAUUUUCACUGUAAGAAAAAUUAUCUAAGUUUGAAUGUAUUUCCUUAUAGUUCAUUGAUUUGCUAUCUAAAGAUCCCUAUGAUUGCAAUAAUUCAUUAAGUGUUCUUUACACAGCUUCUUAAGUCAAGUUUUUCUAUAGUUCUUCUGGUCCUACUUACACUACAUGGGAAAUCUUUUUCUUUCCCUGGUAAUAAUUUUGUAAGAAAGCCAGUGUAUCGACCACCAUCGUGACAGAAUUCAUCUUUAAAGGUCUGGAAGCAGGUGGUGACCAAUUGUUACCUGUGUUUUCUCUGUUGAAUGCUAUCUUCAGAAUUAAAUCAUGUUUUGUUCUAUUUUUUUUCACUUUCAGUUGAAGUCAACAAAUUUGGGAUUUUAGAAAGGGGAGAAGGGAACAAUUUGUGUAAUACUGCUGUCAUAUUUAACUACAUAUUAAAAACAAUAAAUGAUCAUUUUGUUUUAAUUUCUUAAA